AUGGUUCUCAAGUAUCGCAAAAGUUUUACUGUUACCCACAAGGGCGACAUCAAGUGUCUCAUGUUGAAUUCAUCUGGUCGUCUUUUGGCAAGCACUAGUACGGACAAGCGUGUGAUUAUCUGGAACUCUACAACUGGUGUUGCACUGCACUUCUGCCAGGGAAAUGCACCAUGUCAUGCACUUUCUUGGACUGGGCAAGACAAUGCGCUGCAUUGUGGCUUCGAAGAUGGAUUUCUCAUAUCCCUAACAGCUAAUGAUGACUUGCAGCAACUGGAAGGAGAAGGAGUGCUGGCUCACAAGUCUUCAGUCACUCUGAUGACAGCCCAUAAACAUGACCUGUACCUUGCUACCGGCAGUAAGACAGAAGUCAGAAUUUGGAUAAGAGACAAACCUGCCAGUCAACAGAUGGGAACUUGGAAGUACUCUUCCAAUCCACCAGAGGACGGAUUUCCAAGGGGACAAGAAGUCAUUGUCACAUCGCUGCAUUGGCUCUACAAUACCGGUUCAACUACAGUCAUUGUUUCAUACCGACACCACGGGAUAGUCUGCUGGAAUAUCAUGGAAGGGCACUAUAAUUGGGUGAUGAGUUUUCCUGGGGCAAUUGAUUAUGCAUCCCUCUCGCCUAAUGAGCACUUCAUUGCAACAUCGAGUUCCAGGCGUGGAUACAACAUAUACCAUAUCGGUUCAAAUGCACCUAUACCUCAAGCCAUUUCUGGAUCUCCUGGAGAACCGUCAUAUCCCAUACUGUUUGCACAUGAAGGCAUGGCCUUGCUUGGAAGAAACCACAAAGGAAAGUGGGCACUGUGGGAUGUAAAAAGUGGA